AGUUUGGAAAGCACGAGGGAUGCCAAUUGGUGGGAAACAUUUAAACUGGCAGGGAGAGCAGGUAGCUGAGUGCAGCAAGCAGCCUACAUAAGGAUCACAGGUUCCAUCUGGGAUUUUGUGAUGAAUGCCUAAUGAGCACAUGGAUUAGACGGACAGAACUCUUCAAGCUUCUGUAAAUGUAGCUGAAAGAAGCGUGGCUUACAGGACACCAAAUAACUGUUCCUGUAAAACUUUUGUUUGGCGUUGCAGUAUUUAAAGUCCAGAAAAAUAAUGGAGAGAAAACUGGACAAUAAAAUGAAAAGGGAAUUGUCCUACUUAGCUACUUUAAACGACAGAAACAUAUCCCUGGUGUCUAUUCGUAAGCAGCAGGCAGCUCGUGAUGUGCCUGAACUACUGAUUAUUGGUGAAAAGUCCAAGACAGCAUCGCUGGUAAAAACAAGCAGUAACUUGCAGAAAGAAGAGGAACUUCCGCAGAGUUACUCCAUGGGAAUGACAGAAGUCAAUACAGUUGAAAGACAGGCUUUGUCCAACACUGAUUCUCCUCCUGAUUGUGAGCUGAAGCCUACAAUGAAACAUAAUUUUGCUUUUGACAACAUGGGCUAUGAGGAGAGCUCUGAAACCAUGCCCUCUCCACCUUCCCAAGAGCAUAGUGUGGUAGUCAACAUUGUGGGAAUGACUUGCCAAUCAUGUGUGCAGUCGAUAGAAGGCCAAAUUUCCAAGGUGAAGGGCAUUUUGAGAAUUAAAGUCUCCCUUGAACAGAACCAUGCUGUUAUCAAGUAUCUGCAGUCGGAAAUAAGUCCUGAACAGAUUUGCCAGGAAAUUCUGGAUAUGGGCUUUGAUGCCAACAUAGCAGAAGAUAAGUUGACAACAGCGACUGUAAAUUUGCCAAGCUUAAAAGAAGCAGUAGUUAAGCUUCGGGUAGAAGGCAUGACAUGCCAGUCCUGUGUCACCAGCAUUGAAGGAAGGAUUAGGAAACUACACGGUGUAGCAAAAAUCAAGGUGUCACUUGAUAACCAAGAAGCAAUUGUUGCUUACCAUCCUUACAUCAUUCAGCCUGAUGACCUCAAGAGACACAUCAGUGACCUGGGGUAUGACUGCACCAUUAAAAGCAAAUCAGCCCCUUUGAAGCUGGGUGCCCUUGAUCUCCAGCGCUUGCAGAAUGCAAACCCUAGGGAGACACCUGCAAGUCUCAAGAGUGAUGGGCUGGAUCCACUGGUCACCGAGGUGGGUAGCACAGCUACAGUGACUUUACAGAUAGAAGGCAUGCACUGCAAGUCCUGUAUCAGAAACAUCGAAGGAAAUAUAUCAGAUCUUCCUGGCAUAAAAAGUAUUAAAGUGUCUUUGGAGCAUAAAUGUGCUGUGGUACAGUAUACCCCAGAUUUCAUCACCCUGUCAGCUUUGCAGCAAGCUAUUGAAUCCCUUCCACCUGGAAACUUUAAAGUAACCCUCCAUAAUGGUUCAGAAGCAGGCAAAGCAGCAUGUCCCUCAGGUGCUUUCACAUACGAUCUCAUCAGACAGCCACCGCAAGGCACGACACUUACGGCUGUUAUUAAGAUUGAUGGCAUGACCUGCAAUUCUUGUGUACAGUCCAUAGAAGGGGCCAUAUCACAGAGACAAGGAGUGCAGCAUGUAGCAGUUUCUCUAGCUGGCAGUACUGGGACCAUACACUAUGAUCCAGCUGUCACGAGUGGAGAAGAGUUAAGAGCUGCCAUAGAAGACAUGGGAUUUGAUGCCUCUGUACUGACAGAUACUGCUACUGGAGAACACAGGUGCCAGCCUGAUGCCAGCAAAGCUGCCGUGAAACCUGGAGCUCCAGAGCCUCCUCACCAAGGCUGUGCCUCAGAUGCUCUUCCAGACAGUCCUCACCUUGAUGGGCCAAACAGGCUCAGUGGAGCCACAGAAGAAAAGUGUGUUUUACAAAUCACAGGCAUGACCUGUGCAUCAUGUGUGUCUACCAUUGAAAGAAAUUUGCAGAAAGAAGAUGGAAUUGUUUCAGUGCUGGUAGCACUGAUGGCAGGUAAAGCAGAGAUAAAAUACAAGCCAGAACUCAUACAGCCUCUUGAAAUAGCACAGCUGAUCCAGAAUCUGGGUUUUGAAGCUACUGUCAUGGAAGAUAAUGCAGAAACAGAAGGGCAGGUGGAGCUUCUUAUUACAGGGAUGACUUGUGCUUCUUGUGUUCACAAUAUUGAAUCCAAACUCAUGAGAACAAAUGGCAUAUUCUCUGCCUCAGUUGCACUUGCGACUAGCAAAGCUCACAUCCAGUUUGAUCCUGAAAUUAUUGGCCCUCGAGAUAUUAUAAAAGUAAUCAAGGAAAUUGGCUUUCAUGCUUCUGUGGCUAAAAGAGCUCCAAAUGCACAUAACCUGGAUCACAAAAAGGAAAUACAGCAGUGGAGGAAAUCUUUCUUGUACAGCCUAGUGUUUGGUAUUCCUGUUGUAGUCAUAAUGAUUUAUAUGCAAAUACCCAGUGGUGGGGACCGCGGGUCUAAGGUGCUGGAACGGAAUCUCAUUCCUGGAUUAUCUAUUUUGAAUCUUCUCUUCUUUAUCCUCUGCACUUUUGUUCAGUUCCUUGGUGGAUGGUAUUUCUACGUACAAGCUUACAAGUCACUGAGGCACAAGACGACCAAUAUGGAUGUGCUCAUUGUACUGGCCACGACAAUUGCUUAUCUGUAUUCCUGUGUGAUCCUGAUAGUAGCAAUCAUUGAAAAGGCAGAGAAAAGCCCAGUCACUUUCUUCGACACUCCUCCGAUGUUGUUUGUGUUCAUUGCACUUGGCAGAUGGCUGGAACACAUAGCCAAGGGUAAGACCUCAGAAGCUCUUGCUAAACUUAUGUCUCUUCAAGCCACAGAAGCCACUGUGGUGACUCUUGGACCUGACCACUCCAUUGUCAGGGAGGAGCAAGUACCUGUUGAACUUGUUCAAAGGGGUGAUGUUAUAAAAGUUGUUCCUGGUGGAAAGUUCCCAGUGGAUGGAAAGGUCAUUGAAGGCAGUUCUAUGGCAGAUGAGUCUCUCAUUACUGGGGAAGCUAUGCCAGUCAUUAAAAAGCCUGGGAGCACAGUGAUUGCUGGUUCUAUAAAUGUACAUGGCUCACUUCUUGUUAAUGCAACUCAUGUUGGUAGUGAUACCACUCUGGCACAGAUUGUGAAAUUGGUGGAAGAAGCUCAAAUGUCAAAGGCACCCAUCCAGCAACUGGCAGAUAAAUUUAGUGGAUACUUUGUUCCAUUUAUCAUCAUCAUCUCAACUGUGACAUUGAUAGUAUGGACCACAAUUGGUUUUGUAAAUUUUGAUAUUAUUAAAAAAUAUUUUCCUAAUCAGAGCAAAAACAUUUCAAAAGCUGAAAUAAUACUGAGGUUUGCAUUUCAAACCUCGAUCACUGUGCUGAGCAUUGCAUGCCCUUGCUCUUUAGGCCUGGCUACCCCCACAGCUGUAAUGGUGGGCACAGGAGUGGCUGCACAGAAUGGUAUUCUCAUCAAGGGUGGAAAACCCCUGGAAAUGGCACAUCAGAUCAAGACUGUGAUGUUUGAUAAAACUGGGACCAUCACCUGUGGAGUUCCUAAAGUCAUGAGGGUGCUUUUGAUGGGAGACAGAGCCAUGCUCCCCCUGAAGAAGGUACUGGCAGUUGUUGGUACAGCAGAAGCCAGCAGCGAGCAUCCUUUAGGAAUGGCUGUCACUAAAUACUGCAAAGAGGAGCUUGGCACUGAGAGCCUGGGAUACUGCACUGACUUCCAGGCAGUCCCAGGCUGUGGUAUCAGCUGCAAGGUCGGAGGAGUUGAGGCCAUUCUUGGCAGUGAGCUGGAUGUUAACAUCAGUGGGGAUAGCAGUGCUCCUCUGGGAGAUAACGCAGUGAUCACGCUCUUGGAAUCACAAGGUCCAUCAGCUUCUCAGAAAUACUCGGUGUUGAUUGGAAAUCGUGAGUGGAUGCGACGCAAUGGCUUGAAUAUUAGAAAUGAUGUAAAUGAUGCAAUGACAAACCAUGAAAUGAAAGGACAGACUGCCAUACUAGUGGCUAUAGAUGGUAUGUUGUGUGGAAUGAUCGCAAUAGCAGACACUGUCAAGCAGGAGGCGGCCCUUGCUGUGCACACACUGCAAAGCAUGGGAAUAGACGUGGUGCUGAUAACAGGAGACAACAGGAAAACUGCAAAAGCCAUUGCUACUCAGGUUGGGAUCAAAAAAGUCUUUGCGGAGGUGCUUCCUUCUCACAAGGUUGCAAAGGUCCAGGAACUCCAAAAUGGAAAGAAGAAGGUUGCGAUGGUUGGUGAUGGAGUCAACGAUUCCCCUGCACUAGCCAGGGCUGAUGUUGGAAUUGCAAUUGGAACGGGCACCGAUGUUGCCAUUGAAGCUGCAGAUGUUGUUCUUAUCCGAAAUGAUUUACUGGAUGUAGUUGCCAGUAUUCACUUAUCGAAGAGAACAGUUCGAAGGAUACGGAUAAAUCUGAUUCUUGCCUUAAUUUAUAAUAUGCUUGGAAUACCCAUAGCAGCAGGUGUGUUCAUGCCUGUUGGCCUCGUGCUUCAGCCUUGGAUGGGAUCAGCUGCAAUGGCAGCUUCUUCUGUGUCUGUCCUGCUGUCUUCCCUGCAGCUGAAAUGUUACAAGAAGCCAGACACAGAAAGGUAUGAAGCACAAGCUCAAGGCCGCAUGAAGCCACUCACUCCUUCUCAAAUCAGUGUUCACAUUGGAAUGGACGAUAGGAGGAGGGAUUCUUCCAAAGCAUCUCCCUGGGAUCAGACUAGCCAAGUGUCCCUCUCUUCCUUGGCUUCAGACAGGCUGCCAAGAGGCAAUGGUUUUAUUGAGGAGGAAGGGGGCAAGUGGUCAUUGCUCAUAAAUGGAGCAGAUGAAGAACAGUACAUCUGAAGCACUGGACUCUUGGUACAGGGGGAGAUGUUCCUCCCCACCACUGAGGGGAAGGACUGAUACUUCAUCAACAGCUUCAGUGUUGUAAGUGAAGUAUUUCUUCAGCUCAUAAGACAUUUGCAACUCAGCUCAGAGUUGGGUUGUAUGGAUUGUGGAUUUUUUUUCAGGUCACCAGUUAUUUCUAGUUACGGAAAUAAUCUGUGGCACUAUAAUGAACUGGCUUGUUUGCACACAGCAUUUUGUGAAAUAAUGUAAAAUUGUAAUUUUCGGAGUUUCUGAAAAAGAAUUUCUUUCUCUGUGACUCUUUGCUAGGAACCAAAUGUCAUACUUUUCACUCUUUUAAACUUUAUUACUUCAAGACUGCAUGAAGCAAAAGUAUUUUCAGAGCUGCCAAAUAUAAAUUUCUGUCUAAAUGAAAUUAGCAAUGGCAUAAGGAACUCUGUAGUCGGAAAUUGAAUUUUUACACAGAAUUGUAACUAGACAUGUCACUGUGAGAACACUUUGUGUUUAGGAUUCAUGGCAUCUCCUGAGACGAAAAGUGCUUUGUUGUUUCACCUACUAUAACUCUCUGAAAGGUCUUUUUCAAAGAUUUUCACUUGCUUUGAGGUAUUGCAUCCUUUUGAUGCACAUUUCUAUUGCUCUCCUAGAUUUUCUCUUUUGCUCCUUAUGAGGCCUUUUCCCCUUUUUCUUGCACAAGUGGUCUUCUAUGAGUUAUCAUUAUGCUUACAGAUAUUCCUGUCUGGGACAAACUCCUUGAAGUUACCAAGAAUCUUUACAUUCCUAUUGAAGUCCAUAAAGGCAGAACAAUUCCUGGUCCCAGUUAUCCAAGAUACCUUGCAGGACCCAGGGAAGCUCCUAAGAGUUGGGCAGUUGUCUGUCUCUUUCCUUUGACAGAGUGAAGAAUUUAUGCCAGUGUGAGCAAAGAUGGUAUUUACCUUGGUAUGACUGAGCAGAACUAGCACUGGUGUGACUCCAGCAUAGCUGCACAGAGUGAGUUUAUUGCAUAGCUUAACCCCAACUUGCUGGUUGCUUAAAAUGGAGCUAAAAGUUUAAAUUAUAAAAUGGCCUUAAAGGGGGCUUCUAUUUGCUAUCAUAUAAAUAAAUGCCAGGACUUGAACUAAGAAAAUUUGUAAUUUAAAUUUGUAUUUAUGUUUUGCAUUGGUUUUAGUUCCCCUCUUUACUUCGGUGAGAAAUCAAAGUGCUGGACGACCCUUUUUUGCUUUAACAUCUUUACCAAAGCUUGCAGUAAUUUCAUCCCUGUGGAUGUCAGCUUCACCCCUUAAUACUUUUUACAGUCAGGACAGUAGGAAUCAACAGCUUUGGUGCACUGGAUCCAGGCCCAGAGUGCUGUGUUGUCCAGGUGUGGGACUCUGAUGUAAGCAAAGUUUUAUAGUCUAAUUUAGAAAGAAGAGGAAAUACUGUGCUAAACAAAAUUCAAUAACUACUUCUUUUCAUUGACUGAAAUAUAGAGCUGUUUCCAACACAGGUUCAAAUCCUGCUUCUCCUAAUGUAAAAAUGAAAAAAAAGUCAGAGAGGAAAAGAAUUGUGCUUAAAGCAUUGGACAGGUCUUCCUAUUUUCUCAGCAGUGUCUUAAAUUACAAACCAGUUUUAAAACUCUAUGCAGGUAGAGAUUGCUUUCACAGCACACACACACUUUUCAAACAUGCCAUAGAUGCAUGUCCCUAUGAGAAAGAAGGUCUGACGUUUCACUAUUCUGUGUUUUCUUACCAGUUCUUACAGUAAAAAUAUGUUGGGGGUUUUUUUGUUUGUUUUUUUCUUUUUCAAAUCAAACAAAUAACUGUGUGUCUUUGUUUUUCUUUUUUCUUGAAGGGUUCAGAAUAAAAAGAGCAUAAACAGAGGUUGUUGGAUUGCAGGAUACAUA